AACGCUGAUGAGAGCGGUCGGCUCCGUGUGUCAGGACAUGGGCUGAUCAGUGGCAGGGGCUGAGGGGGACUGUAUCCUCAUGCAUGUGAUGUGACCUAGGAGCGUAUGGGUCUUCAGGCCUCUCUACCCUGUCUUUCUCCAGAGGCUGUAACACAGCCCUCAGGAUUUUAGCUCUGAAGCUUAUGGGUUCAAAUCCUGCGGAGUGCCCCAAGCAGGGUCUUGUAGCUAGUCCAGUGUGUUUGUGAGGGGAAGUGGCAGGACCACCGGGCCCGUGCUAGUCCUGGGGUCAGCGAAGUGGGUGCCGCAUGAGACCCCGGGUUCCCAGCUGCACUUCUCCGCUCAGCCUGUGCAUCUCGCUCUCUUCCAGGCUCCCUUCGCGGCACCGUGCCCCAGGAUGAGCGCUCUGGAUGGAGAGCAGUGCAAUCCUGCUCAUGUCCUGUUCGACACCUUUCUGCAUGCCAACGAGUGCGAGGAGGUGCUGGGCAGCUUCCGGGCGCUAUGUGGGCACUUGGGCCUGGAGCACACGGGGCAGCUGUGCUUCUACCACAAGCUGAAAGCCUGCCUCAACUACUGGAGUGCCAAGGCCCUGUGGAGCAAGCUGGACAAGAAGGCUGGGCACAAGGACUACGACCAGGGCAGGGCAUGUGCCAACACCAAGUGCCUGAUCAUUGGGGCAGGUCCCUGCGGGCUCCGCACAGCCAUUGAACUGGCCUUCCUGGGAGCCCAGGUUGUGGUGGUGGAGAAGAGAGACUCCUUUUCACGCAACAAUGUGCUGCACCUCUGGCCUUUCACCAUCCAUGACCUGCGGGCACUGGGCGCCAAGAAAUUCUAUGGGCGCUUCUGCACCGGCUCCUUGGACCACAUCAGUAUUCGCCAGCUCCAGCUCAUCCUCCUCAAGGUUGCCUUGCUCCUCGGUGUCGAGAUCCAUACCAGCGUGGAGUUCAAGGGGUUCCUGCCCCCGGCGGCGAAGGCCAGCGGCAGGGCAGGCAGUGGCUGGAGGGCCACGCUGCGGCCAAACUCCUCUCCUGUGGGGCAGUAUGUGUUUGAUGUUCUCAUCUCUGCAGGAGGUGGCAAAUUUGUGCCUGAAGGGUUCAAGCGAAAGGAAACUCGUGGCAAGCUGGCAAUUGGCAUCACCACCAACUUUGUCAAUCACCACAGCAGGGCUGAGGUGGAGGUGCCCGAGAUCAGUGGUGUUGCCCGCAUCUACAAGCAGCAGUUCUUCCAGAACCUCUACAAGAAAACAGGGAUUGACUUGGAAAACAUUGUCUACUACAAAGAUGAUACCCACUAUUUUGUCAUGACGGCCAAAAAACAGAGUCUGCUAAAGAUGGGAGUCAUUUUAGAGGACAAGUUGGACACGGAGAGCCUGCUGUCUUCCGAGAACGUGAACCGCGAAGCCCUCCUCAGCUACGCCAAGGAAGCAGCCAGCUUCUCCACCAACUACCAGCUGCCCAAAAUGGAGUUUGCACUAAACCACCAGAACCUGCCCGAUGUCGACAUGUUCGACUUCACCUGCAUGAGCCGCUCCGAGAACGCCGCCCUGGUGUACGAGCACGGUGGGGCCCGGCUGCUCAUCGGGCUGGUGGGAGACUGCCUAGUGGAGCCAUUCUGGCCACUGGGCACCGGUGUGGCCAGGGGCUUCUUAGCUGCCUUUGACGCUGCCUGGAUGGUGAAGAGAUGGGCAGCGGGGACCCCUCCACUGGAGGUGCUAGCUGAGAGGGAAAGCAUAUACCAGCACCUGUCCCAGACGUCCGCCGACAACACCAACAAGAACAUCAGCCAGUACAGCAUUGACCCUACCACACGCUACCCCAACAUCAAUCUCAACUCCAUAAAGCCCAACCAGGUGCGUGACCAGUACCUCACGGGAAUGGUGGAGCACGAUCAUAAGAAGAGAGACAAUCGCAUCAGCACAGACUCCAGCAGGGGCUACGAGGAGCUGCUGCACUGGUGUCAGGCGCACACAGCCGGCUACCAUGGCGUGGCUGUGACAGACUUCAUGCACUCCUGGGAGAGCGGGCUGGCCCUGUGCGCCCUCAUCCCUCACUUCCGUCCUGACCUGCUAGAUUUUGACUCCCUAGCUCAGAAUGACCCCAUUGGGAAUAACCAGAUGGCCCUGGACCUGGCCGAGCAGGAGCUGGGCAUCUCGCCUGUCCUCUCCAGCACUGAAAUGGCCUCAAUGUCUGAGCCUGACCAGCUUGGCCUCAUCGCCUACCUGAGCCAGGUCUUCGAUGCCUUCGAGGUGCCUCCAGAACCGGAGGAGCGGGUGAGGAAGCCGCUGACACCGCGCGGCACCAGGGGAGCCAUCCUGUUCCUCAGCAAGCUCCAGAAGAGUCUGAGUCUGACACGCAAGCGUGCCCAGGACCGCUCCCAGCAGGAUGCUGAGACCAAGAAGGCAAAGAAGGAAGCAACGCUGGACUCAAGUUUGGAAGGUGACUCCUCUGUUGUUGACUUUGGCCAGGGGAGUCAUGAGCAGCCUCAAACCCCGGAGACCGAGGUCCCCAAGUCCCCCACGGUGCAGAGGCAGAGCUCGGCCGUGUCCCCCGCAGAGAGCAGCGAUGCCUGCUACUUCUGCGGUCAGCGGGUGUACAUCCUGGAGAGGGUCAGCGCCGAGGGGCACUUCUUCCACCGAGGCUGCUUCCAGUGCUGGCACUGUGGUGCCACGCUGCGCCUGGGCGACUUUGCCUUCAAUGAGGAGGAUGGACACUUCUACUGCCUGCUGCACUACAACCCCCACAGCCUGGACGUGCUGCCACCCACAGAUCCGUCCCGGAGCAUCCAACACCGUGCUGCCUUGGACCCUGGCAGCCCAGGCUUGGCCUCCGAGGAAACAAGAAUGGAAAGUAAUUCUGAUCUGCCAGGUCCUCCAGGCAGCCCGGGCUCCCUCUCGAAUCAAGUGACAGCAGAUCACCCUGCAGAGCCAUGGGAAGGGGCUGGAGAAGACCAGGUGGCCAUCAGCCCCUACGGUGAGAAUGGGAUUUUGAGCAGUGUGGAUGAGCAGGAAGCCCAAGAGAUGCUGGAGGAGAUUGCAGGGGACACCGUGCCCUCUGGGGUGGGAGCCGGGGUCCUGCCAGAGGAGCCUGGGCCUGGAUUAGGAGACAGCAGACCUCACCGGGAGGAACAAGGCAUCCACGAACACAGCCACCCGGGGACGCUGCUGCAGCCCGCCAGUCCAGAGCCUCUUCCUUUGGAAAAGGUGUCUGUGCCUGCAGAGUCCAGGGAGGACACAGAGCGGGAGGACGACGCUGGAAAGAGGAAGAAGAUUUUCUUGUCGGAUCUGGAGAAGCUCAGGCUGGCCACACUGAACCUGACUUCAGACGCUGAGACAGAGAUCCAGGGGGAGCCCCAGCCGCAGCAGCCCAGGCCAGGGCACAAAGCGGUGACCUUCUGGAGUGCCCCAGACAGGGGGAAGGUCGACUGGGGCCAGCACAGGUUCCCCGAGGAGGAGGAGGAGGAGGAAGACUUGCAGGAGACCGACAGCGAUGAGGAAGAGGAGGAGGAAGUGGCAGCAGCGGCGAGUGAGGAUGCUGUGUACUUAGCAGACGCCGAGAUUCUGGAAGUGAAGGAGAAGUACCCCACGUGGAGGAGAACGCUGACCCGUCGUGCCAAGGAGGCCCAGAUGAAGAGGUUCUGUAAAGCCCAGGCCAUCCAGAGGCGGCUGGAGGAGAUCGAGGUGACGUUCCGUGAGCUGGAGCAGCAGGGCAUCAAGCUGGAGCAGUCCCUGCGGGGUGAAGGAGGAACCCAGGCAGAGCUGAAGACCCAGUGGAUUAACCAGCUCCUCCAUUUGGUCCAGAAGAAGAACAACCUGGUUUCCGAGGAGUCGGACCUCAUGAUUGCGGUGCAGGAGCUGAAGCUGGAGGAAAAGCAGUGCCACCUGGACCAGGAGAUGCGGCGAUACAUGGACAUGGAUGAGGAGCUGAAGACACCCCAGGACCUGCAAGCCGAGAAGGAGAUCCUGGAGCAGUUCCUGGAGGUGGUGAAGAAGCGUGACAAGCUGAUCCAGGUGCAGGAGGAGAAGCGCCUCAGCGAGCUGGGCAGUGCGGACCUGGGCAUGGAGCGCAGGCCUGAGGCUUGAGGGCAUAGCCCAUCGCAUGCCACUGCUGAGGCCUU